AUGGAAAAUACAGAAUCCAAAAUUGAUUCGUUGAAAGAAUUAAAUUCUCAACUCAUUGCCACAAUUUCCGAGCUUAGAAAGGAGAACGCUAAGGUCAAGGCCGAGAAUACAAAAUUGAAACAAGAUAAAGAAGAAAUCGAGGCCAGAAUCGUGGGAAAUAUGGAGACACGACCCCAAGUUAAUCAUAAUACAAAAACCGUUCCCUCAGGGAACGAUCAAAGUCAUGUGAUUUUAACAGAGUCACCUUCGUUGCAAACUGAAGUGUCUGAAUUAGAACAGGAUGAUGAAAUUGAUAAAAACCAAAUCGUUGAACAAGGUUUAAUACAGGAAUUGCAUUUACCUACUAAAGAAAACGAUAGCUCUAUCAAAAUCAGCAACUCUGACGAUAAAUCAGGGAAUAUAUCUUCAGAGGAAUCGAUGAUUGUUCCCUUUGGAAAUUCUGCCCAACAUUUUGAAGUUAAAUCUUUACCAGAGGUUGAUAUAUGUGAAGAGAUUGAUCGAAAUUCUGAUCCAUCAGAAGUCAAGAUACAGGUAAGUGCGUCCGAUGACUUGCGGAGUGGGGAUGCUAUCGCAUCUGAAAAUUCCAACUAUGAUUACGAUUUUGAAGAUCCUUUCGAUAACAACGAAGAUAACUCACGGAGUGAGGAUGCUAAUUCAUCUAAAGAUGAUGAUGAGUUUUGCAGUUUCUCUGAUGAUGAUGAAGGUUAUUAUUACGAUUUAAAUACCGAUAGAGUAAGUGGCGUGGCAGGGAAUCUUCAGGUUUCUUUGUCAUUCAAGUCUUUAGGUCGAGCCACCAAACCAGGAUCCGAUGGUAAAAUAGCAAAAAAAUGGGAAAGAGAACGCUCUCGUGUGCUCCAUCUCCAUCAGCCGAUGUUUGUAGAUGGGACGAUCAAUGGGGCUGUAAACAACGGAAAAAUCGGAAGAGUUGGAAAUAUAAAUGGGUUCAUUGCUGGAUCAUCCGAAUCAAAAAGAGAUCGGGAAAAAGAUUUAAAUAACGAGAUCGACAACUUCUUCCAAAGUCCUUCCGAACGACAAUCAUCCAAUCUGUUUUUGCGGAAAUCGGAAAUUGAACAAGAUAUUUCCAACGAAACGGGCAACGAGACCGAUCAUGAAUUACAAGAUGAUGCCGAUUCGGAUUUAGAUACAGCAGAUAAUGAGGUAAAUUAUAUCUGGCAUAUGUUGUUAGCUUAUAAAUGUUUACAAUCCUCACCACAUCUACUCUUGAAGGAGGCGAUUGAUGAUCAAGAAGAGACGGGACCACUUAGACUGAGCGAGGCCAAUCGAAGGGAAAUUGACACAGCUUAUAACUUAAUGGACAAGCAAUAUAUGUGGAAACUCUCAUCUGAAAAUUCCGCCGUUCAUUCGUUUAUCCUCGAUGUUGAAGAUGAAUUGAUUAUGGAACAUUUUACAGAGACAGAACUUCGAGAGAUAGACAACACAUCUAUUCCAGAAGUACCAGAGCUCUCGAAUGAAAUUGAUGAGUUUCUAAAUAAAUUCCUUGGCAAGACGAACUUAAAUGAAAUCCGUCAAAUAAUAAAAGAAUCAAGUUUUGGUAAUGACUAUGACCAUGAGAAACACCAUGACCUGGAUUAUAUAUGUCUUGCUUUGCAUUCAUUGGUGAGGGAAAUACAAAACGGUAGUAUCAAGGACACGAAUCUCGAGAAUUGGUAUAACUGCCAUGUAUGGAGUGUAGUGUUUGAUCAAGCAUUCGGAGACAUAAGGGCGAUAGCUGUAGUCAGGGGCGAAAGCACAAGCAUAUCAACUGCGACACGAAAAAAUAAAAAAAGGAAAUCAGAGGAACGGCGUAAAAUCGGUCGCAGAGGGGAUUGGAUUCUAAGGGCUGUUGGUAACGGCAAAAAAGAUGAGUUUGGGGCUGGGGAGGCGGGUAAGGAUUGGGUUGACGAACAUGGCACAAAGUACAUUAGAGAAAUUGGGUUAAAACUCCCCAAGACGCUCAAAGACAUGUUAGUAAAUCUGAUGGAAAGAAUAAAGUGGAACGAAGAGGUGCGCAAACAAAUACAAACAAUAGGCAUUAUUCAUGCAGGCCUCACGAUGACAAUAGUAUAUGCUGACAACCCUAAAGGUUACAUCUGCAGGUUUCGGCGUUGCGAUCUGAUGGAAGUCCCCGACACAGUAGAAAAAUUUGAUUCCGUUUUAACGAUCCUGGCAUCUGUUCUGAAUGCAAAGUCUGUAGUCCAAGAGACAGUAAAGAUGGUUCAAACAGGAGGACAGGCUACAAAAUCAUUUAAGAGUGUCGGGCUCCGAAAACGACCUCGAGACGAGAGUCAACAUAAGUUAUCUGCGUGUAUGUCUACUCCAAAGAAAAUGAAAUUAUGCACUAAAGUGAAUAAUAUUAGAAGAUCAUAUCCUGCGUCGCCAUGUCCAGGAUUACCAAAUGCUGAGCUGUUGAUUUAA